GAGAGAGAGAGAGAGAGAGAGAGAGAGAGAGAGAUGUAGGCGACCCAGCAGAGCUCAUAGGGAAGCAGGGAAUUGGAGAAAGGUUCUUAACCUAUUUUACAGGGAUGCUGAACGUCAUUUUGGUUUGUUAAUCUCUUAUUGGUAAGAGAUUCACGACUCGGCCGAUAUUGAUUUGGUAUUUUGUUUGUAAGGGAUGUCACAGAGGAAUAUUCAAGCUUCGCUGCUGUGAGGAUGGCAGGACGGAGCGGUGGCCUUUUCGGAUCGCAGCUCAAAUGCCGCUUUGUUCGCCGUCCAGACGUGGAUUGAUAUUUCAUUCAUGUGCAUCUGAAUUCAGUCCGUAUAAAGACCAACAGCGUAGCUCUUCAACGCCGCACACACUCAGCACUGCACCGAGACCACGCAACGUUACAGGAGUUCCGCCGCCUCUUUUCUAUCAUUCCGUCUCUUUCCUGUUUUUGCAGUUUUUUCUCUGAGAUGAAUCCUCCUCAGCUCUCUGUGGUGUUGGUGCUGAUGUUGGCCCAGCUGUGCGCAUCUUCUCUUGGUUGUCCUUCAGGGUGUCGCUGCUACAGUUUGACCGUGGAGUGUGGAUCCACCGGACUCAAAGAGAUCCCGCAAGGCAUUACUCACGGGACACAGACCAUCUUUCUACAGGACAAUGCCAUUGGACAGAUCCGUCAGCGGGAUCUCUCUGACCUCGGCCAGCUGCACUACCUCUACCUGCAGAAUAACAGCAUCUCCACGCUCGAGCCCGGGGCCUUCAGGAGCCUGGGUCUGCUUCUGGAGCUCGCGCUCAAUGGAAACCGCAUCCACCUGAUCACAGCGGACGUCUUCCGUGGCCUGGACCACCUGCGCAUCCUCUACCUCGCAGGAAACCAGAUCACCAGACUCGAGGACUACACUUUCCGCGGACUGCAGCGGUUGCAGGAGCUGCAUCUGCAGGAGAAUGCGGUGGAGGUGCUGGGAGAUCAAGCUCUGGUGGGUCUGUCCUCUCUGGCUCUUCUGGAUCUGAGCAGGAACAACCUGAGGACCCUGAGUCCCGCGUCACUCAAACCCCUCGUCAGCCUGCAGGUGCUGAGAGUCACGGAUAACCCGUGGCGCUGCGACUGCGCUCUGCACUGGCUGCGCGGCUGGAUAAACGAAGAGGGUCAGAGGUUGUUGAGCUCAGCCGAGCGCCGGAUGCUGUGUGCCGAACCUCCGCGGCUGUCCCACCUCAGUCUGGUGGAGGUUCCCCCUAACAGCCUUGUUUGCAUCCCGCCUGUAGUGCAACUGGAGCCCAGCCACUUGACGGUGCGUUUGGGGGAGAGUCUACGCGUGUCCUGCCAGGCGUCCGGAUACCCGCAGCCCCAAGUCACCUGGAGGAAAGCGUCUCACGGAAAAGCCCAGCUGUCUCCCAGAGGUCUGGUGCAGGAGGUCGGGAUGGACGGAGACGCAAGGACCGGCGGGCGGUUGGUGACGGCCAGGCCUGGCGGAAAAGGAGGGCCGUCGAGUCGCGGGCCAGUCCGAGGAGGAGCCGAGGAGGGAGGCGACCGGGAAAACUUUGAUCCCGAUACGGGAAGCGGGAUGUUGUUUCUCAGCAAUGUCACGGUGGCGCACGCCGGACGCUACGAAUGUGAGGCCUGGAAUCCCGGCGGUGUGGCUCGUGUGACUUUUCACCUCUCUGUGAACAUGUCUUCGUCCCGCUCGGAAAUCUGGCCUCGGUUGCAUUCCUCGUCGUACUAUCAUCCUUCCUCUGUGGACGUGAGCCAGGAGCCGCUGUAUGAACUGGAAAGCAUGGACUUCAACGCACUGGGAACCGCCACGCAGACGGCCAUCGCGGUGGGAAUCUCGCUGCUCGCCUUGACGGCGCUGUUGCUGCUCUGCAUGAUUUACAGUCGGCAUCGCCAGCGGCAGAAAGAGGAAGGCGGGUACGGCGCCAGCAAAGAGGAAAGCAUCCUUUACGUCAACGACUACUCCGACGGUCCCACCACGUUCGCUCAGCUCGAAGAGUACCGGGACGAACGCGGCCACGAGAUGUACGUGUUAAACCGCGCCAAACCGGUGCUGCCCUCACCCCCGACAUGCAUCCAACAGGGGUCAGUGCUAAAGGCCAGUGAGUGUCUGACUCCAGGCCGGGCCACAGGGAUCGGACCCCGCAGAGCUCCCGCAGAAGGAGGAGAAGGACCUCCGCUUGAUCCCGAAGGGUUGUUCAUGAACCAGAGCUUGCUGUUCGACACGCAGAUCGCUUAUGAGAUCCACUGCUGAACUGUAUCGCUGGAAAGACUUUGGGUUUUUGCCAGUGGAUGUUAUCCUGCUGAAUUUCCUUUCGUUCUGAGAGCACAAAUGUUUUUUUAAAGCAUUAAGGGAAUAACAGACUUUCAAGCUGCGUUGUGCAAUUUCAGUGCAUCAAAUGUAUUUGCUAAAU